CCGGGCCGCUCUACCCGCCCGCCCGCCGUGCCGGCCCGCCCGGCGGCGGCACAGUUCUCCCCGCGUGUCGCGGUGGUAGCGCUCCGGCGGCCAUCGGGAGCGGAGGAGCCGCGCGCUGCAGCGCAGAAAUGAUCAUCCCGGUCAGGUGCUUCACGUGCGGCAAAAUAGUCGGGAACAAGUGGGAAGCCUACCUUGGCCUUCUGCAGGCGGAAUACACGGAAGGAGAUGCCCUGGAUGCCCUUGGUUUGAAGAGAUACUGCUGCCGCAGAAUGCUCCUUGCCCAUGUGGAUCUGAUUGAGAAGCUUUUGAAUUAUGCACCCCUGGAGAAAUAAGAUAGAAAAAGUACUAUGCUGCCAGCCAUGUGGAACAGUAUCUCCAAUUCUAAACUUGAAACUGGACUUCAGGCAGUAAAGGAUGAAAGCCAACUGUAGUGCAACCAUCGAGAGAUGUUUAUCUUCUGGAUAAAAUACUGCCCCGAGCCACUACCGUCUUUCAAGGAAACAAAGGAAAGAUGAAGUCCACUUAACCGAGAUUUGGAGAUUAAAAGUUUGGAUGCUUCUUUUUAAAUCCGUGUUUGGAGUUGUUUUGUGAACUUUUAGAUGCUUCUGCCAGUAAAAAUAAAUGUUUGUUCCUGUAGAAAAAUUAUUAUAUUUCAUUACAGUGUUGAAAUAAAGGAGGUCUUACCUUGUAACCUUCAUAGAGUUUCUGGAUAAAGUUAAGCAUACUCUUCA